AUGACAACACACCUGACAAUCCUCCUCAUCCUCCUCGUCGUCCUGGUCGUCUGUCUCCCCGGCAAUGGCGUCCUCGCAUUCGGCGCAGGCAACAUCCCCUCGUUCGCGUACAUGGAGGGCCGCGCCUUCCGCCACGGCGACAUCGAGGACACCCUCGCAGAGAUCGCGAAGAAAAGCGGCGGGUUCGCGCUCGGCGCCCUCAUCGGAAAAGGCGGCUCCAAAUUCGGCGGGCUCGACGUCAAGCGCGUGUAUUUCGGGAACUGGUUGAGAGAUUAUAGCCAGGCCGUCGAUAUCGCCGGAUUGAAGAAACUGCAGCUCCAGACUAUCAUCAACCUGUGCAUGGCUCUAGGCUUCCUGGCUCACGGAUACGCGACGAACGAGUUCGAGGUCACCGAAGAGCGCCUCGGGGUCUACCUCCCGACGGAACAUAUUGACAACCCGAAGGGGUACGGCGACGGUGAGGAUGCGCGGAAGUAUAACCCGAAGCUGAGGGGCCCUGUUGACGUGCGUGUUUCUUCGGAUUUGCCUCCUCUGCACCUCUCUUCCACUUGUUCUUGCAUCGGGCAAUGGGCAGAAUUGGAGAUCGACCCACGCUCGGGGAUGAAGAACUAUAUUGCGAACGAGAGCGGCUCGUGGGACACGUCCAAGGCGCUCGUGCGCCGCACGCUCGAGCAGUGUAUCAAUAUGGGCCGGCAGCACCGCGCGCAGGGACGCAAGCAAGACGAAUACGAGGCCUACCGCCUCCUCGGCCAAGCCCUGCACACGCUCGAGGACUUCUCCGCGCACUCGAACUUCUGCGAGCUCGCGCUCGUCGCGCAGGGGCACACGGACGUGUUCGUGCACGUCGGCGACAAUGCGCGCGUGCAGGCGCCGAAUGGGAAGUGGGUCGCGCCGCUCGUAACCGGCACGUUUGGGUCGAGCGAUUUCAUCCACAGUUUGCUCGGAGCGCCUCACCCGUCCCCGCAACAGGCCUCUGUCACGGACCUCAACCGCGCCAUGUCGAGCGCGCGCUCGUGCUCCGUCUCGGGCGGGUCCUCGCCCGCGGACACGCUGCGCGACCUGCUGUUUAAGCUCCCGGGCGGGUCGGGCGGCGAGAUGUCGCGCGACAUGGAGGGCAUCGAGCGCCUGCGCGACGCGCCCGCGUACGGCGGGAAGCCCCCGGACCAGCUGAGCCCGCAGGAGCUGCACUCGGUGCUGUGGCAGGUGCUCAGCUUCAGGGACUCGGUUGUGAAGAAGAUCGAGAAGACGAUCGAAAAAAUCCCCGGGCUCGGACCUCUCAUCGAGAAGCUCAUGGACUCUAUUUCUGUCUUUGUGUUCACGACUCUCGAGCCGUUCCUCAAGCCGUUGCUGCAGACUGCGAGCAGCCAGCUGAUGACGGCGUCCGGAGAGGUCAUCAACACGCACGAUCAGUACGAGGUCUUCAAUGACCCGAGAGCGUCGGACCCGACGCACUCGUUCCUGAGCAAGGACCACUUUAACCUGAUCCUCAACGAGCCCGCAGGAAACCUCGCGAAAAUCAUCGUCAAACACACGGUGACGCUCGUCACCAAGGCGUGGGACGACACUUCGAUGAACGUGCGUAACAUCACCGAGGACAUACUCCAGUGCCUCUUCCACCCCGACUUCCACAACUCGCAGUCCGAAGUGCAGCGCACCAUGCUCGCGUACAUGCAGUCCUGGCUGCAGUCCCUCGGCGGCCGGCAAACCGACGUCCUCCGGCGGCUCUCCAAAGCCGCCGUGCGCAACCACGAGAACACGCGCCUCGUCGGCGGGGGUCCCGCCUCGUCGGCCGCUGCGACGUCCGCGGGCGGCGGGAUCGCUGUCGGCGCGGCGCACCAGGUGCAGGGCAGCCUGCAGGGAUAUAUCGGGCAGAUCCCGGGGGUGCACCAGGCGCAGGGGCUGAUCGGCUCGUUCUCGGGAUCGGGCGGAGGCGGAGGCGGUGGCGGUGGUGGAGGCGGCGUAGGUGCGCCGCCGCCGCCGCCGCCGAUGGGUGCGCGUCCGCCGUCGUCUCCGGCGCCGAUUGGGUCGAGGCCGCAUGAACACGGCCACAGCCACGGACACUCGCACCAUUCGCACUCGCCACCGCGCGGGCAUUCGCCGGCGCCGGCGCACGCACACGCACAUGGGCACGGGCACGGACACCACGAGCAGCAGCGCCACCACGGCGGAGGCGGAGGCGGCGGCGCACCGUCGUUCCCCGGCGGCGGCCCCGCGUUCCCCGGCGCCGACUUUACCGCCAACGGCGGGUCGCAGUCGUCGUACCCCGGUGGGCCGUCUGGAGGAAUGAACGCGGGGCCGCCUGGAGGGUUUGGGGCGGGUUUCGGCGGUGCCGGCGGCGGGCCAUCGUUCCCUGGCGCGGCUGCACCGGGCGCGUACGACUACCCAGGCGGCGGCGGCGGCAGCGGCGGCUAUGGAGCACCCCCGGGUCCUCCUGGGGGCGGUAUGCCCGGUGGCGGCGGCGGCGGGCCCAGUAUGCCAGGGAUGCCGCCUGCGAUGCCGGGGUAUGGUCCGUCGUAUGGACCGCCGGGCGGGUAUGGGCAGCCGCCGCCUUUUGGGGGCGGAGCGCCGUACGGGGGAGGGCCUGGGGGACCGGGGAUGCCUGGAGGACCUGGGAUGCCUGGAGGACCUGGAGGGCCGGGGAUGCCUGGGGCGGGAGGGUUCCCGGAGCCGGGAUCUGGAGGGUACGGUGUUGGUGGCGGCGGCGGCGGCGGGUAUCGGUAUUGAGGGCGUUGGAGGUGAUGCGCGGUCGUGAGCCGAAGAGAUUGAGCGGGUCAAGGCAGGCGCUUGGAAUGAACGACCGGAGGACGUGUAUUUUUUCCCCCCUAUUUUUUUGCCGUGUCGCGCGCGCUGGAGGCCGCUCGAGGAGAGGUUCGUGGUGUGUGGUGCGUAGAAGUAUGUUUUUUUUGUGCGUGAUGGUUUUGUAGCGUGUCGUGUCGUGUCGUGUCGUAUCGUAUCGUAUCGUAUCGUAUCGUAUCGUAUCGUAUCGUAUUUUCUUCGAGAAGAG